AUGAAUUUACCAUGGUUGCUAAUUGGUGAUUUUAAUACAGUUUUAAGUGCCGAUGAGAAGAUGGGUGGUAGAGCUCCAAUGAGGAUUGCAAUGCAAGAUUUUCAUGAAGCUAUGAAUACAUGUAGUUUAAUACAAGCUCCUAGUUCAGAUUGGUGUUAUAAAGUGGGAGUGAGGAAUGUAUCUGAUCAUAGUCCCUUAUUGGGCUCUUGUUUAAUGGUUACUAAGCCAAAAAAUGUGCCAUUUAGAGUUUUAAAAUUUUGGUUGGAACAUGAAGAUUUUAAGAGAGUAAUACAGGAAGUGUUGAAUGAGGAGAUUAUUGGAAAUCCUAUUUUUGUCUUUAUGCAAAAAAUGAAGAAACUUAAAGUGAAAAUUAAGGAGUGGAAUUGGAGUGUAUUUGGGGAUGUUAGAGUGAAAUUAACUGAAGUAGAAAGAGAAGUUUUAAAUGUUACUCUGGUAUCAGAUAAAGACCCCAGUAAUAUUGACUUGUUGAAUAAUCUGGUUAUGGCUAGAGGGAGACAAGAAAUUCUGAUACAUCAACAACAGUCUACACUUCAGCAAAAGUCAAUAGAACAUUGGAUAAAGGAAGGAGAAACAAAUACCAGGUUUUUUCAUACUUCUAUCAAGUUAAGACAGACUGCAAAUGCUAUAACAGAGCUUGAAGAUGAGUCUGGGACUAUUAUAACUGAUCAAGCUAUGGUUGCAUCCACUUUGGAGAAUUACUUUAAGGAUAAAUUAAAAUUUAAAGAGGUUAAUUUUAUUGAUGGGGUAUUUGAUGUAAUUCCUAAAGUAGUAUCUCCAGAAGACAAUAAAAUGUUGGAGAGCAUCUCUUCAGCACAAGAGAUUCAAGAAGCAGUUUUUUCAAUGAAUGCAAAUGGUGCUCCUGGUCCAGAUGGAUUUCCAGGUUUUUUUUACAGAUAUGCUUGGGAGUUUAUAGGGGAAGGAGAUGUAUGGGCUGAUGGGGAAGGUUAUAUCAGAGCAACAAGGUGCUUUUCUAAAAGAGGACUGAGGCAAGGUGACCCAUUGUCACCCAUCCUCUUUGUCAUAGAUGAAGAUGCACUGACUAGGAGCUUGAGUAAGAUGGUAGAGGAAAAUCAAAUUAUACCAAUGGUAAACCUCAGAGGUGUGCAUCCAACUCACAUGUUAUUUGCUGAUGAUGUUUUUUUGUUCUUUAAUGGUCAUAAAAGAAAUAUUCAAAAGGUGAUGAAAUUGCUACAAGAUUAUCAAUCAUCCUCAGGACAAGUUAUAAACCAAAUGAAGAGUAAAUUAUUUAUGGGUGGUGUCAGUGAAUCAAGGAAGCAAAAAAUUGCUGCAGAAUGCCAGAUGAACCUUUCUCAGUUUCCAGAUAAAUAUUUGGUAGUUAUCCUACAUCCAGGAAGAGUGAAAACAAGCACUAUUUGGGGAGUGGUGGAGAUGCUACAGGGCAAACUUGCAAGUUGGAUUGGUAAAAUGUUGUCUUUCAAAGAUAUAAUUACAUUAAUUAAAUCUAUUUUAAGUAGCACUCCAAUCUACAAUAUGUCAAUAUAUAAGUGGCCUGUAAAUGUGGUGAAGACUUCUGAUGCAGAAUGGGUCAGGUUUGUGAGGGCAAAAUUCUACACUGUAAAUGGUGAAUGGAUUUCAGGGUAUAAGAAAUCAUCUAUAUGGAAUGGUUUAAAGUGGAUUAUUGAUGAUGCGAGACAAAAUACAAGAUGGAUCACAGGCAAUGGUAACCAAAUCUCAGUUUGGAAGGAUGCUUGGAUCGAAGAAAAACCUCUUGAGGAACUGUAUCCAAAUGAUGAAUAUAUUUUGCAAAAUGUUAAUAUGAAGGUGACUGAUUUAAUUAUAGAUGGAGAAUGGCUAGUUCAUCAAAGAAUGCUCUUGUAUUUUCAGGUAAAUGAACUACCCAUUAUUUCAAGACAAGAUGAUAGAAGAAUUUGGUCUGGCACUAUGUCUGGUGAGUUUACUAUGUCAUCAUCAGUAGAAGUGAUAAGAUUGCAUUACACUAAGGUUGAUUGGGAAAAGAAUGUAUGGCAUCCAGUUUUACAUCCUACUACUGCUAGUAAUGUUUAG